CUACCCAGGGCAUGCGCGGCGGGGGCUGCGCGCGACGGCCCUCCCACCGCGGGACGGGGCGGGGCGGGGCGGGCGGUACCUGAGGGCGCAGAGCGGCCUGAGCCGGUGAUAGCGCCGGCUGCGCCCCCGUAGCGAGCCCGCUGUUAACAUCGUUUUCUGUCAAAUGUACUUUGACACACAAUGAAAUGUGGGCAACUUCAGCCUUUAACUUUGAGUUGGAGGAAGCUGAGCUGUUUGUCUUCAGUUAAAGAAAGCAAAACUGAAUGGGAACUUUAUGCUGUAGCGGAGCGUUAGUGGCCAGGCAACAAAUUAAGAUUCAAGCACUGUUUAAGGACCAAUGUACCCAAUAGCUCAUGGAAGAAAAAAAUCAAAUCAGGACAUCCUUGACUUCCAGGCUACCGAAAUAUGGAACAAAAACUUUAGGAAGUGUUUUGCAACCUAUGUCAAAUGGGACGGCUGUCAGCUUAGCAGGGAAUAAUGGUGGCAAAAAUUUUGGCAAGCACAAUGGCACUGUUAGCAUGUCUUCCUUUUCCUUCAACUGGAAAAAAUCAAAUAAAUAUCAACUUCAUGAUCAAAAUGGGAGAGAGACCAACUCUAAACAUAACUGUAACGAAAAAUUAAAUGAUUCUGAGAAGUAUUCGCAAUCUCAAGGAGCAUUGGGUAGCAAUGUGCUCAGGGUGGGUUUGAACAGUACUGCUUCAGUUGCAUCAAAAGCAGCAAAGCAAACCAAUAUGUUUGUGUCUUCUACAGAGGAAUUAAACCCAAAGUCUUUGCCUGGACUCUCUAGUUCAGCAAAAUUCGCCAAAGGUACCCUGUCAGGAAGGACCUCAUAUUCCGGACUCAGUGCUCCAAAAUCACAUUUAAAUGGAUUUUAUGGAAAUAGGCCAGUGGUGGGUUUGCAGAGACCUAGAGCUAAUUCCAGUGCCACAAGGACAAGUUCAGGAGAAAGCCUGGCACAAUCGACAGACAAUAGCAAGGCUUUUUCCUGUGAAAAAAUGGUAAGAUCACAAAGUUUUUCACAUUCCAUUCAGAAUUCUUUCGUUCCCACUGCAUCUUUAACCAGGUCACAUUCCUUCAACAAAGCUGUGGAUCUUACAAGGCCUUAUCAUAGUCAAAAUGUAGCUGCCCGGACAUCUCAGAGGCCGACUUUGUUGUCAAGAAAUGCACGUCAGUUGGAUGUACCCAAUGGAAAUGAACCUAUGAAGUUUGGAUUUACCAGGCCCUACUCUGGUAUGUCAGCUCCUUCUUCAAAGAAGCCCCCGCUGUCAAAUGGAUCUGGGUCAGCACCUUCCUUUGGAUACAGAUUAAGUCGUCCUUCUCUGCUGAAGCCUGCCAGGCAGCGGUUUGCUGGAAAUAUCAUUGUGGGUGGCAGCAAAAGUACAACUCCUGACACAUGCAUCGUGGACAACUCUGAAAUUUCAACAAAUAUUAAUAGAGCAAUUGAGAAAAACAGUAUUAUAGAGAGCAAUGCUCACAGAACAGAAUCUGAUGAGGGGCUGCAUGAAAGUGUGGGAAAACAUGGGUCAAAAGCCAUGUGUAUGAGUGAUGACGGAGAUGAAAUAUCUAUAUCUUCUUUGUCAUCCUCUGAAAAAAAUGAUUUGAGUGAAGAUUUCAGUGAUGAUUUCAUAGAUAUAGAAGACCCAAGCAGAACCAUAGAAAUACAGCAAAAGGAGAGUUGCCUUCAAGAACUAGAGCAUGGGAGUAUAACGUCGAUUGAACCAUUCACCUCUCUCAAGGAAAGUGGAGGAUCGUGCCGUAAUGCUGACGACUGGCUUGAUAUAAAUGUGUCUGCAGUGGAUGACAACAGUGAAAGCACAAAGCAUACUACCGAGAAUGUGAUUUCUCCAGAGAUGAAUUACAGAGCUGGGUCCUCUUUUGAGCUUUCUCCAUCUGACAGCUCUGAUGGCACGUACAUGUGGGAUGAAGAAGGGCUGGAACCUAUUGGAAGCGUCCAUCCAUGUGGAAGCUAUGAAUCUUCAGAAAUGAACAGCAUAGAUAUCUUGAACAAUCUUGAUUCAUGUGAUCUUGAAGAUGAUGAUCUCAUGCUUGAUGUUGACCUGCCUGAGGACUCGCCUCAUGACAAAGAGGAAUGUGAAAAUAUGAGCCGUUAUGACAGACAAGACAGAAAUGCUAGGCAACAUCAGGAAGGAUUCUGGAAAAGAGCACCACAACAGCGAUGGAAUGCACAGGAUCACUAUCAUCUUGGCCAUACUGAUCACUACAUCCAUGGUAAAAAUGAUUUGAACAGGGGAUCAAACUACCUAGAGUCUCCUGUUGGCCACUUGGAAACAUAUGGAGCACCAAAUUUUUACCAGGGUCCUAGACAGCUGGUGGGCUUAACGGAGAAUACUGUGAUGCUUGAUGAAAUGACCCUCCGGCACAUGGUCCAAGACUGCACAGCUGUAAAAACUCAGUUGUUGAAACUGAAGAGAUUACUGCACCAGAACGAUGAAAAUGUGUCACUCCAGGACAUUGCACUCUCAGUUCCAUCAAGUCCAGAACCACAAGAAGCUGAGUCACCUUUUAAGAUGGACGAUCUGCUGAAUGAGAUCAGGCAGCUUAAAGAUGAACUGAAGAAGAAGGAUGAAACAAUCAACCAAUUAGAGCAUCAACUUGCCACUAAAUGUAACUGCCAGAAAGACAGCCAAAAACCUAAAGGGACAGCGUGCUUGUAUGCUGACAAAUUUACGCAAACCUCCUGGAGGAGGAGUUCUCCUCAAGUACUACAGCCUUCCCGCAGCCUUCCCAGUUCCACAGACCUCGCCCAGGGAAAACUAAUAAAAACGCCACAUAUCGAGGCCCACAGUGAAUAUUCUAAACAUGGUCAGCAUGAAAAUAGCAAUCAUCAGAAUCAGAAUGCUGCAAAUGUCUCUCUCAGAAAUAGCCUGAAUGAUGUAAACUCUUUAAUGAGCAUACAGUUAAACAUAAAAGAUGAGAAUGCAUCAUAUUUGGAAAAUUUGAAAAAUAAAAAUACUGAAGACCCUGGAGAGGUGGCUGGUAAUGAAGAAGGCACGUUACCAUCUCGUUUCUCUUUCCAGACCUCUAUGCGAGCUGAUGCUAGAGAGGUGCAGACUGAGUUAACUGUGAAAGGUCAACCCUCAUUCACAAACCAGGCUUCUCGGCCAAAGACUUUAAGAAUUGCAAAGCCCCCAAAUGCUUUAGUGCCUCCGACAAUGGCCGUUCUCACACGAUCUGCAAAUCAUUCUGCUGCUUCCAAGGAAUGUGAGCUUCUACCAUCAAGUAGUUUGACUCAGCUACAGCCAACAUCUGGUCAGGAUAACCUAAACGGUAAACAGAGUCAGAAAAUGUCUAAACUUCGCCCACCAACUAUGUCCUUUGUUAAAUCCAAGCAAAUGAGCAGUCAGAAAUCCAUACCAGUAUCUGCAGAGCCUCAAAACACCUGUUUGAAGACAAACAUCCCAAAGCCACCAGUGCAGAGAAAGGAAAACGUGCAAACACAGAAUACCGGUUUGCUUUCUGGGGGUAGUUUGCCCUCGAAUCGGCAUUCCCGCCUCCCUAAACCAAAGACGCAUUGAGAACGUACCUACAUCUCGUGGAAUUAUGCCAUACAUUAAACUGCUCCUAUGUACUGACUGCAUUUGAGAUUGCUUUAUCUACAGCCUGCAAAUCCGGAGUGAAUAUUUAAAGUAGCAUCUUUCUUCCGUGUUUGCGUUCUCCAUCCUGUUAUGUUCUGAGGCUUAUGUUAUGAGCUGUGCAGCUUCUCUUGAGAGUGUUUUAUUAUAUUGUAGGUCUGUAUUAAAGAUUGUGUUGCCCAGUGGUCUUGGUAAUGAAGCAAAUACUGAUGUAUGUGGUGGCCACAAAUAUGAGAAUGCUGCACUGUGUAUUUCAGGAUGGUAGAAGUAAUUUCUUACCUCCAUUUAUUUGAGUUAUUAGACAAUGAAAUUACUAUGAAGUUUAAAUUCUUGGUUCUGAGUACUUGUUAGGUUAGAGUGGUGGAGAAUUAAACUUACUGGCAGAUGUUCUACUGGCCAUAAUUCUGACUCUGUAUUCCAGAGGCCUAUGCAAAAAUCCUUGUAUUUAUCUUAAUCUCAAAACUGACAUAUUUAAUGUUAUUUAAUCUGAUGGGUUGGGUGGGUUGCGUUGUUUUGUUUUGCUGUAAUCUGAAGAUGCUCUGUUCUUUAUUUAUCUCCUUUUCACUGUUCACAGACAAUAAGCAGAUUUCACAGGGUGAAAUGAAUCUUCUCUCUUAAGCAUCAUCAUUUGUUAAAAGAUUGUGGUAUGUUUUUAUUGUGUUGAAUAGACACGUUACUGGGUAGAUUCUUGAAACGCAGUGCUAAGGAUGCUUGUGCAAAACCUUCCAAUACAGGCUCUUAGGAACCGGUAAGUAGGGAGCCUCUGGGAAUACGGGGUCCAUAACACCUAUGUUGAGGUUGCACAACAUGCAUUUUAAUUAAUAUUUUUUAAUUGUACUACUUGUAUUUAUUAAUUUCUGUUUAAAAUUGAAAGACUCUGAAGUACCUGACUUGAAAUUUUGCACAAACCUUGCCAUAUAUGUAAGGAUUUGAAACUAUUUUACUGAAUAAAACUUGUAUUAAAAAUGCAACUAUUUAAAAAAAGAAAAUAUUAACCCCACAUAUGUGCUUUGAGCAAUCCUAUUAUAUCCUAAUCCAGAGCUGGUACUCUUAAGAGUUUUUCAGAGAUGUGUAUUUUGUUUUGGGGUUUUUUUGUAAUUUUUUGUGUAAUUUCUAAAGAAAUGCAUGAUAACUGGGAAGGAUCUUUGGGGGGAAAUAAAGCAAAAAAGAAAAAAAUUCUGCUCUCUAGGAGAACUAUUUUUUCUGAAAUUGGUCUGGAAAUAUAUGCCCAUCAUGGUGCAGCUAUGGGACCAUGACACGUGUGCUGUAAGUUAAAUAUAUGCACAUCUAGCGAAGCUUUCCAGAAACUUAACGUUAUGUCCCAUCUCCAGUUCUUCCCUUCUUUCCCAUCACUGUCUCUUGGAUGUUACCUAUUGGGGUUUGGGUUUUUUUGUGUUUUUUUUUUUUUCUGUUAUUGAAUAGGUUUUAAAAUCGGCAACAGAAGGCUGUUCCUGAACAGCAUCUAGUGUCAGUAAAAUGAAACACAGUAACAGUUAGUUUGUUCUAGGCUUUUGGCUAUAGGACAUGGACAUAUUACAGUAUUUUCUUUGAGAAAAUUAAGGUGAGUAGGUAUAGACAUUUCAUAAAUAAGUUCAAUAAUCAACUUCUGUAGUAUAAGCUCUUUAACUAGGGCUAUCCUGAUGGAUACUUAGUUGGGUGGGAGAAGAAAAAAAUGUCAUCUCAACUGAGUUACUCAUUACAUUGUUAAUAUCCAAGAAAGUUUUUGGCUUUAUCACACUGUAAAUUCUUUUAACUGACAAUGAAGUGGAAGAAUGAAAAGCUUGGGGGAAAAUCGGUAAUGGGGAGAUUCUAUCAGAACUGCUUCUAUCAAUCUGAAAUGAGAGACCUGCAGGGCUUCUUGUCAACAGGGGCGAAGACAAUGUAAGCGAGUAGUAACCAGGGCAGCAUUAAUUGUUACAGUUGAUACAGGUUCAAAAUAACUACAACUAAAGGUAACAUAACAAUUACUCUCUGGGAAAAAAAAAAUUACUUUCCUUGAAAAGCAUUGAAUUAGAUGAGCUUCAGUGUAGGCAUUUGCUUCUGAUAAGAAAAUAAAACUUACUCUUUAGAUACCCCAAAACUACCUCCUGGCAGCUAACUGUUUCUCAGGAGUUUAAAAACUGCUGAGGGAAUGAUGAGAUUCCUGUUUCACUUUCUGGUCCAUAUAGAUUUCUUUGGAAGGUGGUGUUUUUUGAAGUUUACUUUCCUCAAAGAGAAGCUGAUUUUAUUUUUAGUUGUAUGUGAUUUUGCGUGAAAAGGUGAUUUUUAUUUUUAUUUUAUUUUUGCUUAAUGCUAUUGACGGAGAUGUUUCACCAUGACUUCUUUUGCUUCUUAUUCUGGAGGUAUCACCAGCCUCAUUUAGUGAUGUUAAAUGUUUUAUGUUUACAUUUAAAAGAAUAGAUAUCUAUCUGCACCAUUACUGAAAAUUAAGGAAUGAAGCAAAGAGAUGAUCAGGUUUUUCAUAAAAUAAAAUAUAGUUGUUUUUUUCUUUUUCUCUAUGAGAUCAAAAAUAUAUUUAUUCUGUUUGCUUUUGCUUUCCCUCCCCCACCCCGUGUUAAAGGAGUAUAAGUAGAUUAUAUUCUUUGUUAUAGCAUUUCCCACAUUUUGUUCUGACAGAAUAGUGAGACUUUGAGCUGGAGACAGCAGGAUUUGAUGCCAGAUAAGACAGAUGCUAGCCUGACUUGUAUUUGGGUUCAGCUGCUAACCUUGCAUCCCUCUAAAGACAACUACUCUUCAGACUUGACCAGGGAAGGCUCUGUUGCAUGUAUAGUAAGUCCAGAGUACGAGCAAAGCCUGUCAGGAGUAGAUGGGCAACUGGAAGAGAGGUGGUGAGGUGAAGUUUGAAGCUUCACUUCAGUGCAGGACAGAGUUUGGUGGGAGAUGGAUAAGAGGGCACUGUGUAGAGCUUGUCAAAUGGGAUUAAGUAUGUAUUUUUAGGCAACAUACCUGCCUUAUGGAAGGUGCAGAUAUAUUGUCAGUAUUGGUGCAGGUUAUCCAAAAUGUGUAAAUUAAAAGAUUUGAUAUCUUCAGGGUUUUUUUUUUAUUAGGUUGCUAGAACUGGUUUAUUGCCAAUUUCUUUUGGUUUGAUUUCUCAUUCUUUUGUGCAAUAUUCACAAAAGUAUUAAACUACUGUUCAGUAUGUGUGUACAGAGGCAAUUUCGCAUUUUAAAAAGUGAGUAAACACAAAAGAAAAAAAAAAAACAGAAUUGCACUUUAAAUGAGCUUUAUUGCUUGGAGUUGUGCCUAAAAUAAUCUAAAUGCCUCCUACUGUGUGUGGCUUUUGUCUGAAACUAAUUUCCGUGCUAGUGUUGCUGUUUCCAAGGUAUCUUCAUAUCACUAUCACAGGAUCGAUAUGCACUCUAGCACGUUUAAAAAUAUUUAUCUAGUGUACUGAGUUUUUGUUGUGCAAUGACUUUAACUUAACCGUGGAAUUUUAACACUGAUGAUGCAGCCAGAUUAUUCCCUUUCCCUUCCCUGAAGCUCUCGCUUCCUCCUGCCAAUCAAGGCCCGUGGCAAAACUUCCCCAGGUCUCGCACAGCCCUUAAAGAAUAAUGUUCCUGGCAUAUGUUUUUGUAUGAGAAAUGAAGUGCAAGAUUAUUCUUAAACUUUCUCAAAAUAAUCACAAAGGCCCUGAAAAUCCAAAACGGUACUGAAUUUUUCAUAUAGUUCCAAAAAAAUGUGGAUUCCUCAACUUUAAAUCUCAUAGCAGUGAAACUAGACAUAGCAACCAGACUGCAUCGUAGGUCAGUGAAAUUCAUUUCAUCCUUGAUCUAAACGCUGGUUUGUUGCAACGAUGCUAGAAAACUGAAUACCGCUAGCAUUAUUUACUUUGCAUGUCACUACCAUAUGCACAUUCUAAAGUGUCAUAUUUGGGUAGGUUGCAUGUUGGGGGGGAGAUAUUUCUGGUUUUGCACAGCACAUGGUCUUCUCAAUGUGGACAUUUUCUUGCCAUACCAAUGGAAAUCCAUUCUUGAAUUGGGUUUCCGUAGCUAUUCCUUUCUCAUUAUAGUGGCUUUUUCUGAGCAGAGCAGAUUUGAUACGUAAUCCUGGCGGCAGGUCUCCGUAUAGUAAUCUUACAACUAUGCUACCAAGGAAAUUCAGUCGCUGUUGUGGUAAAGCUGCUCACUGCCUACUUAAUUGUAAAAGCACCACAAUAAAAACAAUAUAAUUCCAGUGUCGGCGAAAUCUUUAAAUUUAAUACUAGCUAAGACAAGAGGUACCCUUACUAUCUGCUUUGUUGUUUUUGUUUUUUACCCAGGUCAGAGUAAAUACUGUAUAUUGGAAUUUGCUUGUAAAGUUGAUCUAAAAACCUGUAUGUAAAAACUUCCUCAAUGUUGCUCUAGUGAAUAAAAAUAAAAGUCCUAAUAAGUA